UCGUAUUCAACGUGUAUCUUUGAGAUCUAACGAGUAGAAAAUGAAAAAAUCUCUGACUUGCAUCUUCCUAAUCUCAUUCUUGGAAACAGUAAAAGACAAUUGAACGUGCUUUAUAUUAGGCUCAAUAUAAAUCUUUGAUAUUGCAAGGUGACAAAUAAUAAGGGUGCGAAAGAGUGCGCUUAGAGGCUCAGGUUAAUAUUCUAGAUGGGCUUUAUAUACAUAUACGGUGAUUAAAUGAAAUAAUGAAGAAGAAAGCAUCUGAAAACCUACGAAGCCAAUGUAUACGAGAUAUAUCGCGGUUGGAAGUUUGUCCGAGGACAAAAUGAAAUUCCAGCAAUUAGCCAGCAGCUAUUAGCGAAGCCAUUUGGUGUGCCAUUAGCAAUACGGGAAUAAACGGAAGAGUUUACACGUACGAGAGCCGAGUGGUCGGACUGUGUGGGUAUGUGUACGUGGACCGUCCCUAUUAAAUCAUAAUGGGUUCACAAUGUGAGCAGCUACACAGCCGGCUAGAGUAAGCUUGGAGCAUCGCCGAGUCUAAACCCACCGACAUAAGUUUAUACUAAACCGUAGGAUGUGUCGGAAAAAGAAAAAUUGAAGAAAAAUAUUAUCAGCCCCAAAGAUUCGUUUUGGAGUCUUUUUCCAAGGGGUAGUUCUUGUCGAAGAUAUGCACGAUACGAUAUGAGCUUUGUCACAGAGGCCGAGACAAAUAAAAUGGAUGAUAAUGAAAAAUAAGGUGGAGAUUACGGUACGACGAUGACUUGGUGUCGAUAAAUCCUCGAAUAUGCUGCUGUGCGAACGUUGACAGGAUCUCGAGGAGACUGGAGCAGACUCUGUACUUUCCUGAUAGAGAAGAAGGAACGGAUCUGCGCGAGCGGAUCGAAAAGUUUAAAGGACAUUCGCUCCAAUAGAGGCCGCCGAGUUAAGGACAAUGAAGAAUUCGAAUAACUCGAAUCACGAGAAGAAUGGUCCAGAGAGCUUGAAACUCUUGAGGGUACCGUCGACGCCGGCAACGACGCCAACGACGUCCGCGACGCCGACCACGCCGACCCGAGGACUCGAGGAAGUCUUCAAGGACCUGCCCAUCACCGACGACACAACCUGCGGCAUAUGGUGUUUCAAAGGACCGACGCUUCAGAGAUUGGCAAAUAAGAAGGCUUACGUAUUUCUCUAUGGCGUCUUGGGCUGCAUAUUUUCCGCGAGUUACGCCUACUUCAACGGCACCAUCACCACCAUAGAGAAGAGAUUCAAGAUCCCGUCGAAGACCACUGGAGUUAUUACCGUGGGUAAUGACAUCUCUCAGCUUUUCGCAUCGGUGGUGAUAUCCUACUAUGCCGGAAGAGGACACAGGCCCAGAUGGAUCGCCGCUGGAAUCUACACGGUUGUCCUCUUCUGUUGUCUGAACAUGUUGCCACACUUUUUGUACGGCCCUGGCGAGGACGCGAUGCUGCUGACCAAGGAGUACGGAUCGAAACAUCAGGAAUCGACAAACUUGACGUUCAUACCGGACAAGCAGAGAAAAUUCUUGUGUCUGGGUAAAGAGGGACGCGAGAAAGAGUGCGAGGAUCCUGAAGAAAAUUUCGCACCUCAAGUUCUCCUCUUUAUCGCCCAGCUGGUUUCCGGCGUGGGUGGAUCUCUGUAUUACACGCUCGGAGUCUCGUACAUGGAUGACAACAUACAAAAAUCAAAGACCCCAGCUCUGAUAAGUUUUUCAUACUUUUUGAGAAUGUUGGGACCCGCCAUUGGCUACGGGCUGGCCUCGUUUGCACUGAAGUUCUACAUAAGUCCCACCCUGACGCCAACCAUAACCACGCAGGAUCCAAGGUGGCUGGGCGCCUGGUGGAUAGGCUGGAUAAUCCUGGCGAUAUUGCUCUUCGUCUUUGCCAGCGUGAUCGCCCUGUUUCCGAAGACCCUGCCGCGUGCGGCAGCCCGGCGGGUCUUGGCGAUCGAGAGAAGCAAAUCAAAUUCCAGCUUCAAAGGCGAGAAUCCGGAACCGGAACUACCAGCCUCUCUCUCCGACAUGUUCACGACCUUCAAGAGACUCCUCGCCAACACCACCCUCAUGUGCAACAAUCUGGCCACCGUAUUUUAUUUUAUGGGCUCCAUGCCCUAUUGGAUAUUCAUGCCAAAGUACAUCGAGACUCAGUACAAGCAGUCGGCCUCGGUCUCGUCCCUUAUCACAGGCACGGUGGGCCUCGUCUUCAGUGCCUUUGGAAUUCUACUCUCGGGACUGAUAAUCUCCAAGUACAAACCAAAAGCCAGAUACUUGGCAGCCUGGAACGUUAUGGUCGGUGCAAUUUCAGUAAUGGGCAUGGUGUCCUAUGCGUUUCUUGGAUGCUCCGCAAAUGACAAUCAGAUGUCAGUGCAGCCGAACGGUGUACUCAAGACGGAACUCCCGUGCAACAAGCACUGCCUCUGCGAUUACGUUACCUACAAUCCAGUGUGUUCGGAAGAAGGUCAAACCUUCAUAUCUGCCUGCCAUGCAGGUUGUCGAAGUAUGAAGGUAACCACCAAUGGCAGUAAAAUAUAUACGGACUGCAGUUGCGUAAACCCUAAACCCUCUCAAGUUCUCGCCAUGAUCAGCAACCACAGCAGCCACAUCGGCUCCACGGAAUUUCCCUCCGAAUUGGGCAGCUCGCUGCAGAGUUCAGGCACUGCGAUUCCCGGCGCCUGUCCCGUCGACUGUAUGCACAAGUUCUACGUCUUCCUCGCGGUGGUUUGUCUCCUCAAGUUCAGCGGGGCAACCGGAAGAGCCUCGAACUUCCUCGUUUCCGUAAGGUGCGUCGACGAGAAGGACAAGACUGUGGCUAUAGGCUUCGGCCUGACCAUCAUGAGUCUCUUCGCCUUCAUUCCGUCUCCUAUACUCUUUGGAUUUAUACUCGAUAAGACUUGUCUGGUAUGGGGAAAGACGUGCUCCGGCACGGGAAACUGUUGGCUUUAUAAUGGAGAAUCUCUGAGAUACCUGCUGAACUUCACGGCAGCCAGCUUCGUAACCGUUGGCACGUUGUUCGAUGUCGGAGUGUGGUAUUACGUAAAAGACGUGAAGAUCUUCGACGAGGACGUCGAGCUGGAGGACAUUGCCGAGGAACCCGGUGAUGCAUUGUGAUUCCCAGUGGAAUUGGAUCCUGGGGAUCACUUUGUCAAAGAGAAGCAGAAACAUGAAGAACGGUGUGGAGAGGCAGGUCGGAUAACGUGGGAGAAGAAGAGGAGGUCAAAAAGAGAGAAAAAUAGGGGCGCCAAAUAAAUACUUUUCAAGUACCUUAAGCAUCUUCUUAGAUAUUUAGAAUUGAUUGUCGUUCGAUUACUGCACUUGGCCCAGGACGUGUUUCUGGCCGGAAAUACCUUUUUUACGAUUUAGUCUAUUAUCGAUACGUCGGUGCUACCUGCGACCAAACGAUUAUAUUUAUCCGAUGGGAUCAUUUUUAAAGAGGAGUCUCUUCGAGGUCAAGGCAUUCGUUAUUGCAGCGUGGCGCUAGGUGUAGCCGUCUUAGAUGGACAGUAUUAACGGCGGAGUAAAAUUUUAUUGAAUAAAUAUAAAACUAUAUCACUAUA